CGCUCGCCAUUCGCCACCCUAACCUCGAACGGCUCAAUCGUGGACGUGGGCAACUUGAGUUUGUUGGAAAGAGUCGCAUUAAUGAAAUUGUGCGACGACCCAUUGUCCACGAGUAUUGUAACCCGCCGAUCCUUCAACCACGCUGGCAACCUCAUAGUCAUCUGGCCUUUAGUGCCCACCAUCGCAUGGACUGAGAUCUCGGCCUCGUCAUUGAGCACCUCGAUCCCCACCUCCCAUUCUUCCUUGAUCACUGGCUCCUCGUCAUCCGAGUCCACGAACUCGAUCAAGAAAUUCUGCUUGCACCGAUGUCCCGGCGUGUACUUUUCCUCGCACCAGAAACACAGCCCCUUCUCACGUCUCCGCGCCAUCUCCUCCUCCGUCAACCUCUUCACCUCGGUUGCUGGUGGCCUAAAGGUGCCCGGCGGCCUCAUGUUCGCACUAG